CGCUUCCUGUCCAGCAGCUCCAGAUGGGGCAGAUCAAUGCGCGCAUUCCUGCUCAUUGUAACUGUAGCGGCAUGUGAUUUCAGCCCGUAAUGUCCUCGCGCUGGACGGAGCACAAUGCGCUGAAUAUGGUGCCACUCGGAAACACGGAGCUGUACGCACAAUCUGCUUUGCAAUUACUUUUUAAGCUAUUAAUACGGAGUGAAACCGCAGCUGUCUCGCUCAGGGUUGUUUUACUGAGGUGACUACAGAGCCAUGAGGUCCUCGUCCUCGCGUUUGUCAAGUUUUUCCUCCAGGGAUUCUUUAUGGAGUCGGAUGCCGGAUCAGAUCUCCGUGUCCGAGUUUCUCUCGGAGACGACGGAGGAUUACAAUUCCCCCACGACCUCGAGCUUCACCACCCGCCUGCAGAGCUGCCGGAACACGGUCAAUGUUCUGGAAGAGGCUUUGGAUCAGGACCGAACUGCUUUACAGAAGGUCAAGAAAUCUGUCAAAGCAAUCUACAACUCGGGUCAAGAACACGUGCUGAAUGAAGAGAAUUAUGGACAGGCACUGGACAAGUUUGGCAGCAACUUCAUCAGCCGAGAUAACUCUGAUCUGGGAACAGCCUUCAUCAAGUUCUCUGGACUUAUCAAAGAGCUGGCUGCUCUCCUCAAGAACCUGCUCCAGAGCCUCAGCCACAACGUCAUCUUCACCCUGGACUCUCUGCUCAAAGGAGAUCUAAAGGGAGUGAAGGGGGACCUUAAAAAGCCUUUCGACAAGGCCUGGAAAGACUAUGAAACCAAGUUCACAAAGAUCGAGAAGGAGAAGAGAGAACAUGCCAAGCAGCACGGCAUGAUCCGCACAGAAAUCACCGGCGCAGAGAUUGCAGAAGAGAUGGAGAAGGAGCGGAGGAUCUUUCAGCUGCAGAUGUGUGAGUACCUGAUCAAAGUCAAUGAGAUUAAGACCAAGAAGGGAGUGGAUCUCCUCCAGAAUCUCAUCAAGUAUUAUCAUGCACAGUGCAAUUUCUUUCAGGAUGGCUUGAAAACUGCUGACAAGUUGAAGCAGUAUAUUGAAAAAUUAGCAGCUGAUCUUUAUAAUAUAAAGCAGACCCAAGAUGAGGAGAAAAAACAGCUCACAGCUCUCAGAGACCUCAUCAAAUCUUCCUUACAGCUGGACCAGAAGGAGGAUUCUCAGAGUAAGCAGAGCGGGUACAGCAUGCACCAGCUGCAGGGCAAUAAGGAGUUUGGCAGUGAGAAGAAGGGCUAUCUCUUUAAGAAGAGUGAUGGGAUCCGUAAGGUGUGGCAGAGGAGGAAGUGCUCAGUGAAAAAUGGCAUCCUCACCAUCUCUCAUGCCACAUCCAACAGGCAGCCGGUGAGACUGAAUCUGCUGACCUGCCAGGUUAAACCCAGCGGAGAGGAUAAGAAGUGCUUUGACCUCAUCUCUCAUAAUCGAACAUAUCAUUUCCAGGCAGAGGACGAACAGGAGUUUGUGAUAUGGAUCUCGGUGCUGACUAACAGUAAGGAGGAGGCUCUGAACAUGGCAUUUCGUGGGGAGCAGAGUGCUGGAGAUGACAGUUUGGAGGACUUGACCAAAGCCAUCAUCGAGGACGUGCUGCGCAUGCCUGGAAACGAAGUCUGCUGUGACUGUGGGGCUCCAGAGCCCAAAUGGUUAUCCACUAACCUUGGCAUCCUGACGUGCAUCGAGUGUUCAGGGAUCCACAGGGAAAUGGGAGUCCAUAUUUCGCGCAUCCAAUCCAUGGAGCUUGAUAAACUCGGAACCUCUGAACUCUUGCUGGCUAAGAAUGUGGGUAACAGUAGCUUCAAUGAAAUACUAGAAGGGAAUCUGCCAUGUCCUUCACCAAAGCCAGCGCCAUCAAGUGACAUGACUGAGAGGAAGGAGUACAUCAAUGCGAAGUACGUGGAGCACAGGUUCGCCCGGCGGACGGCCACUACAGCCACAGCCAGACAGGGCGACUUGUACGAGGCGGUGAGAACGCGAGACCUGAUGGCUCUCAUUCAGCUUUAUGCAGAUGGAGUGGAGCUAAUGGAUCCUUUCCCAGAAGCAGGACAGGACCCAGGAGAAACAGCUCUGCACUUUGCUGUUCGGACAUCAGACCAGACUUCACUGCACCUGGUGGACUUUCUUGUCCAAAACAGUGGGACUCUGGACAGACAGACGGAGAGUGGAAACGCUGCUCUCCAUUACUGCUGCACAUAUGAGAAGCCAGAGUGUCUCAAACUGCUGCUCAGGGGAAAACCGUCUAUUGACCUGGUUAAUCAAAAUGGGGAGACAGCAUUGGACAUCGCCAGACGACUGAGAAAUGCACAGUGUGAUGAGCUACUGGUGGAGGCAGCAGCCGGGAGGUUUAAUCCUCACGUGCACGUGGAGUAUGAGUGGAAUCUGCGGCUAGAGGAGAUUGAUGAGAGUGAUGAUGACCUGGAUGACAAGCCCAGUCCAGUGAAGAAGGAACGUUCUCCUCGACCUCAGAGCUUCUGCCAUUCGUCUAGCGUGUCUCCUCAGGAGAAAUUAACUCUGCCGGGAUAUUUAGGACACAGGGACAAGCAGAGACUGUCCUAUGGAGCCUUUGCCAACCCUGUCUACAGCACCUCCACCGAAACCCCUGCAUCUCCAGUCUCAGAGGGACCCACCAUAGCCAGCAAGACUCCUGCAAAAGCUCCGUCCUGUGGGCCACCCACCUCUCUGCCGCUAGGAUCUCAAUCGAGUGCAGGAGGCAGCUCCACUCUGUCUAAGAAAAGAGCUCCUCCUCCACCUCCCGGACACAAGCGCACCCACUCAGAUCCCCCCAGUCCCGUACUGCAGGGCCCACAGAGCAAAGGAAGUGAGUCCACACCUCCUUCUGCAAAUCGGACAUCCCCGGCCAACAAGUUUGAGGGAAUCCAGCAGCAGCAAAGCACUACUUCUAUGAACACAAAAGCAACAUUCGGCCCACGAGUUCUUCCCAAACUACCUCAAAAAGUGGCACUACGAAAGAUUGACACAAUCCACCUCCCAUCAGUGGACAAGUCUGGUCCUGAUGUCCUUCAGAAACCCCCACAGGCCCAGGACGCGCCUCCCACCAGAGCCUCAGAUACAAUAACCAGACCCACUGAGCCUCCACCUAAAAUCCCACAGGUCGCAGAACGAUCCCAGCCUGUGGAGGUCCCGCAGAAACCGCACAUCUCAGACCUUCCCCCCAAACCGCAACUAUCAGAUCUUCCCCCCAAACCACAACUGUCGGAUUUACCACCGAAACCUCAGCUUUCUGACCUGCCCCCGAAACCUCAGCUUAAGGAUCUUCCCCCUAAGCCGCAGAUCAGUGAUCUGCCUUCCAAACCGGCCGUGUGUUCAGCGUCUGAGGCCACACAGAGGCAGUCGACGCAGGAGGAAACUAGUCCGAAGCCCCAGCUGACGGAGUCAUCCAGCCAGCAGGAGGAGCUCUCGCCCCGACAGGCCAGCGAGGACACUAACGGAGCGCCCGCAGGAACCUUGGAGAUGCCGGUCCCGAUGCCACGCAAAAUUAACACAGUAGCAAAAAACAAAGCAAAGCGUGUGAAAACCAUCUAUGAUUGCCAGGCAGACAAUGACGAUGAGUUGACUUUUGCGGAGGGCGAGGUUAUAAUUGUCACAGGAGAGGAAGACCAGGAGUGGUGGAUCGGGCACAUAGAGGGUCAGCCUGAAAGGAAAGGGGUCUUCCCAAUGUCCUUCGUGCACAUUCUGUCGGACUGACAGCGCAUGACCGGCAGCCGAGAGGCUCUUUAACUAGCACAAGCUCCGCUCUCUCUGGCCUCACACUGGACUGUGGGCAUUGCCUCUGUACAUAGCUGCUGAAACCCAAACGGUCUUCAAACACACACGAAACAUGAAGUAUCAAACCCAUGCUCCCUUAAUCCUCAAGGGUGAAAUGUGUAAACUAUGUGUUGUUCAUAAACUGUGUUAUCCUGCCUACCAGUAUUAUCGUAGCCAUGGCAGCCCAGCAUGCCAAAACUGGGUUUGCAGUAGCUAUACUUGGAAAUCUAGCACUUAACAUGUAUGCUGUAACUUUGUGUAUGUGUACACAUAUAGAAUUAUACGUAUGUCCAUUUUAAGUGUCUCUUUGUACAUACAUAUGCACAGACGUAAGUGUAUAUUUAUGUACGUAUGUAUAAUGUACAAGUGUGCAAAUGUAUGUUAACCCUGCUUGCUUAUGGAGCCAGAGUGACUCUAGACAUUUUAGUGUACUGUUUUAAAUGAAGAAAAAAAAGAGGAAACAACUCAAAUCAUCUCUUAAUUUUUUUUUUGGAAGGCCUAAAUAAUAAGCAAGAUUACAUAAAUGCUACACCAGUGUUGAAAUUCCCAGCAUAGUGGCAUGCUGGUCAGGGAUUAAAACCAAAAUGUAAAGGUUUAAACAUCUCAUCUGCUAUACAUAAUCAGAAUAUGCAUUCAUUCAGACUGCAUCACUUGCAUCAAAGCCCAGAAAACAUCUUCAUUAUGAAUGCCUCUGUAAGUAGGAGGACGAUUUACAGCCCUAGAAGAUUGCUGGCAUACUCUUAGCACCUCGGUAUACUCUUAGCGAAAUUGUUUCUCGUUCAUAAUUUAGAGGAUAAAAGACAUUUUAAAGUACAGUUAGCGAAUAUCCCAGUGCUGCCCAUACUGUUUGCUUUCUUCCAGAUGUCAGAAUAAACAUACAACUAAAGUGACAGCGCUGAGAAAACAGCAGUUAAGAAAGCACCCACAUAACCCCGCCAGUCUUACAUUACCCAGCCCACUCUGAGGUGGGAUCGAACGGCGAUUCUUUGUAUGGGAGUCGGUUGCUUUACAAGGAGGCUAAAGACCAUGGCCUUUAGUGUCUGUCACUAGAGCACCUUUAGAGGUCAGAGGAGUGAGGUUUACCUGCUCAGCACUUCACUAGCUGACGUCUGCUACACUCACCCACCUACACCUCACUCCCAUCCGGGUCACGGCACCAAUGUAACCCAGCCGGUUCUACACUACCCGGCUCGCUCUGAGCUGGGAUUGAACUGCCUGUUCUCCGUAUGGGAGUCGGUUGCUCUAACAAGGAGGCUAAAGACCAUGACCUCUAAUGUCUCUCGCUAGAGCACCUUUAGAGGUCAGAGGAGUGAGGUUUACCUGCUCAGCACUUCACUAGCUGACGUCUGCUACACUCACCCACCUACACCUCACUCCCAUCCGGGUCAUGGCACCAAUGUAACCCUGCCGGUCCUAGACUACCCUGCUUGCUCUGAGCUGGGAUCGAACCGGCGAUUCUUUGUAUGGGAGUCGGUUGCUUUUACAAGGAGGCUAAAGACCAUGGCCUCUGGUGUCUGUCGCUAGAGCAUCUUUAGCGGUCAGAGGAGUGAGGUUUACCCGCUCAGCACUUCACUAGCUGACGUCUGCUUCACUCACCCCCCCAAACCUCACUCCCAUCCAAGUCACGCCACCAAUGUAACCUUGCCGGUCCUACACUAUCCAACCCGCUCUGAGCUGGGAUUGAACCUGCCGAUUCUUUGUAUGGGAGUCGGUUGCUCUAAAAAGGUGGCUAAAGACCAUGACCUUUAAUGUCUGUCGCUAGAGCACCUUUAGAGGCCAGAGGAGUGAGGUUUACCUGCUCAGCACUUCACUAGCUGGAGUCUGCUUCACCCGCAACUUGGCUCUUUAGUCAAAUCAUGUCACAUUUAUUUUUUUAGCACUUUAUACAGUAUAUUACUUUGAAGUAGGCAGCUUUACAGUGUUAAACAUGAAAUAAACAGUGUUAGCGUUACUUCAAAUUAAAAUUACGCUUCCGUUUUCACAAUAGUGCAGUUUUUAGUAUAUUUUUAACCUUGGAUGUCUGACUUUAACAGACUGAACAGGGGUCACAGAGUCACACCCACUUAUGACAUCACCAUCAUUGCAAAAUUGUAAUCCAAACUUGUUUAUCAGCUGAAGAAAGCUCAGUUUGCUCUUUUGAUUCGAACUGCUUUUUCAAAGUCAAUUUCUCUUAAAGUAUACCAGGGCUUCAACCUUAAUGCUUCAUAGGCGCUAUUCAUAUACAGUACUCUCCAAGCAAGUAUGCUCAUAAUAAGUAAUAAUUUAAGGAACCACUAAAAAAAAUCAAAUGAUCAAAAUAUUUUAGUGUCUACAAGGUGGUUACGGCUUUGGUUGCAUCUGUGGGAUCGCUUCAUUCCUUGCUCUCCAUGCUUGUUUAAUGCCAAAUCUGACAAAACCGAUGCCUCAGACUCUGGGAAAGUGUCCUUGUUGAUAGAUCAUACAAUAACCUACCUUCUUCAUCUGGUCUCUGGUGAUUAUUCGCCAAUUGUAGAGCAUAAGUUAUAAAGCGUGUGGAUCUGAGUGGUCAAGUGUUGUUGGCUUUAUCUAGUUGAGCAGAACGCAAUCUGUUACAGGUCGCUUAUAGGAUGAGUUUUAGCUGUUUGUUUACGGUGACUGUGGAAUGUGAUUUUUCUUACCGUUUGUUUUGUUGUUUUUAAGUUGAAUUGAAGUGCAAGGGGACCCGGCGGUGAGUGACUGACUGUCCGUGUGACUCAGAAUGAACUAACGCUGCCUCUUUUUUUCGUUACCCUAUCAGGGAGACCAGCAUUCACUCUUGUUUUUAACUGUUAUUGUAUUAACAGCAACAACAACAACAACAAAGAAGAUGUAUUAAUGAAUGCCACCUGUACUAUAUUUGAUGAUGACAGUAUUUGACAUUUAUAGGGCUAAAGUGUUUCAGCAUGGAGAGGGAUGGACCCUUCAAGUGUAGUUUAUUAUUAUGGGUUUUGUUCCUCGGUUUUAGGUCAUGUUAAUGAUAUUACUCAAUGGAUGCAUAACAGAAACACCUCCAACUUCAGGAUUGUGGAAUAAUGUUCGCUCCCGAGCUGUUUUUGUUAAGACCCCUAUGAAUAGGCCACUGUUGGAGCGUGUUUUGUCUGUUUCGAUGUUCAGUCCAGCACAACUCCAGAUGAUCCAUUCUUGUGUCGCUAAUAUUGUAGCAUAUCAAAGCCUGGAAACGGUCAAGAGGACAACUUCACAUGUAAGUGAACAAACUGGAUUGAUUCAGUCCUAAUUUUACAUUUAGGAUGGAUUUUGCCACUCUCUCUUACUUUGUUUUUUCUUUGUCUGUGUUUGCUACACUGUAAGUUCAGUCAGAAAGAAAAUCAAACUUGGUUAUCAAGUCUUCGAAUCUUAAAAUAAAGACUUUACGUUGAAA